AUGGAAACAACAUAAAACUGAUGUGGUAAAAAUUCAAAAAUGACAGAAUAUUUACUUCCCCCUACCCCUACUGACGCCGAACAUUUUUUCAAUGUGUUAUUAAUAUAUCUGUUAAUUUCUGUAACAGAAAGAGAGAGUAAAUACUCCUAUCACUGUGAAUGGAUACAAUGAAACCCCCAGAGAUUCCAUUGUAUGGACGUGUCAUUAUUGCAUUUGUUGUCAGUGUACUUGUGAUAUUCUCAGCCUUAGGAAAUACUCUUGUUUUAUGCGUAUUGAACAGACGACGUACACCUUCAAGGAUAACACAAUGCUGUAAAAAACAAAUAUCUCCAUCUCCAUCAUCAUCAGGUGGGCUAACUAUGACAAAACGUUCAGUGACGUAUACAUUUUUAGUCAAUUUAAGUAUCUCCGAUUUAUUGCAUAUAUUGAUUUGUGCACCAUUUACGCUGAUUUCAGAUUUUUUAUUAAUAUAUUGGCCUUUUGGUGAAACAUUUUGUCGUCUAGUGAAUUAUUUACAGGGGGUUGUUGUCUUCUUGUGUGCAUUUACACAUGUGAUUAUAUCAAUUGAUCGGUUGACAGCUAUACGAUGUCCUAUAUGGCGUAGACGUAAACUAUCUGUACGAAAUGCACGAAUGAUACUCGGCUUUAUCUGGUUAUGUGCUAUGAUUAUACCAAUACCAAGUUUAAUUGUUUGUCAUAUAGUUGUUGAUGAAGACGGUUUAACACAUUGUCAAGAAUUAUGGCCUGACGGUUAUAAUAUUCAGGCAAAUCAAUCAAAUAUAAGUUAUUCAUGGAAUGAUCAACACUUCGCAUCGCACAUGUCCACACUACAUCCAAGUGAUUAUCAACAAUCAGCGCUUGAUACAAAUCCAAUUUCAUUGGAGUUAAUUUAUAAUUGUUUAGUUAUGCUACUGCAAUACAUGUUACCUUUGUCAGUUAUUAUUGUUACUUAUUCAGCUAUUAUAUAUCAAGUAUGGAUGACAACUGCACCUGGAGAAGGAAAUAUACAAAGAGAUAAAAAAAUUCGUGCAAGUAAAAAGAAGCUUAUCAAAAUGGUGAUCAUAGUCGCUUCAUUGUACGCCAUCUCUCAGCUCCCGAGACACUUGAUCUACAUCAUAACAGUGAAUAAACCAGAUGCAUUUCAAAGAGAUACAAUCAUUUAUACAUGGUUACUGUGCCAAUUAAGUGCAUGGUCAGCUACAUGUUAUAAUCCUAUCGUCUAUGUAUGGAUGAGUAAUACAUUUCGACGUGGAUUGUUUGAUCUGUUCAAAAAUUCAUGUCCAUGGAUCAUUCGGUGUAGACGUGUACAGCAUAAAUCAAAACAGUGCAACUAUCACCGGAAUUCCCAUCGUCAUCAUCACCACCAUCAGCGUCAUUGUCAUUAUCAUCAUCAUCAGGGAUCAGAUUGUUCUCAAUGUCAUAAUAAUCAUCCAUGUCCUAAGCAUCAACAAUGUUUUCACUCACUACAAAAAAAUACUACUCAUCCCUAUAGUAGUAGUAAUAGUAAGAAGAAAAAAUUUAAUCAUACACAGGAUGAUGACAGUGAUGAAUAUUCAUUCAAUCAAACUGAAAAUAUUAAAAUGAAUAUAUCAGAGAAUACAACAAUGAUAACUGCACUGAAUAAUACAACUAUACACACCAGCUAUGAGGAGGAUGACGAUGAUGAUGAUGAGGGUGAUGAUUAUCAGGACGGUGAUGUGAAACACACGCGUUCAGUUCAUGACUAUGAUACGGAUCUGACAGAAUCAGAUAAAUAGUUUUCUUCUUCUUUUGUUGCAUGCAUUAUGCUGUUGGUAAUGAUGCAUUUCUCUUUCUUCUCCUUCUUCUUCUCCAGCUUUAUGUAUGUGUUUCAUUUUUUCUUCUUCAUGCUUUCUUUCUGCUGUGAUUGCAUGAGAAAAAUAAUUGACCG